AGAGCCUACCUGAGUGACCCUUGAACCCGGAAGGGGUUUGAGCAGGAUGUGAGACCACCGUGACCCUCCUUCAGACCUCCCCUCUGGUUUGUGUGUGUGUGUGAGGGGGAUUAAGUCUCACACACGCACCACAAAGCAUGUUUGAGUUCAAACCCAUGAGUGUGGAGAAAAAGGAAGCUGCCACGGGAACAGAGGAGGGUGGUCGUGGCGGCAGCAGCAGCUCUGGCGGUUCUGUGUACCUGUAUGAGGCCCAGGACUGGGUCAUCUCCCCCGCCUGCUCACCGGACGAGCCCAGCGCCAUCUCCCCCAUGCUGGCCGAGGAGACGCUACGAUACAUGACCUUUCUUGCUCUGGAGCCCACUACCUACUCUCACCCUGGCCCCCAUGGCUUAUCCAAAGUCCUCAGUGCAGAGAGGGUGGAGCAGAUGACCAAGACCUACAAUGACAUCGACGUGGUCACACACCUGUUGGGCGAGCGGGAUCGGGACCUGGAGUUGGCGGCCCGGAUUGGCCAGUCUCUGCUGCAGAGGAACCACGUGCUGCAGGAACGCAACGAGUCGCUGGAGGAACAGCUAGCACAGGCAGUGGACCGGGUGCAACAGCUGCAGCAUGACCUGGGCAAGAAGGACGAGCUGCUGCGCAUGGUGGCUAGCGCCUCGGAGGAGAGCGAGACCGACUCGUCCAGCGCGGCCGCCACGCCGCUCAAGCACUCCCACGCUGCAGGGGGCGCCGCCAGCAUCAGCCUCAGCCAGCUGGAGGCGCUGCAGGGCAAGCUGCAGGACCUGGAGGAGGAGAACCUCACACUCCGAUCAGAGGCAUGUCACCUGAAGACGGAGACCAUCUGCUAUGAAGAAAAGGAAGAGCAGCUGGUACGCGAUUGUGUCAAGGAGCUGCGCGAGUCCAACAGUCAGAUGGUGGGCCUGACAGACGAGCUGUCCAAGAAGAACGACGAGCUCAUCCGACACCAGGAGGAGAUCGCACAGCUGCUCUCCCAAAUAGUGGAACUGCAGCACAGAGUCAAGGAGUUGGCCCUGGAAAAGGAGGAGCUGAGGAUUCACCUGCAGGCCUCUAAAGACGCCCAAAGACAACUGACUGCAGAGUUAAAGGAGCUGUCUGAGCGCAAUGUGGAGUGUGUGGGGAUGCUGCAUGAGUCCCAAGAGGAGAUCAAGGAGCUGCGCAGCAAACAGGCGCCCUCUGCUGGACUACGCAGACACACACCCUUCGGCCUCUACCCUAUGGAGUCCCUGGCGGCUGAGAUUGAAGGCAGCAUGCGGAGAGAGAUGAGUGUGGAGGAGGAGACAGUCUUCCAGGACCAGAGGGUGUCCCAGAAGCGUGUCUUCCAGACGGUGCGAGCGGUGAAUGAGACGGUGGAGAGAGCCGCGGCCCUGGCCCCCCCUCCCCCCAUUCCCGGCUCUGGACGCAGCAGUGUGGUCAUGAUGACCGCACGCCCAUUCAACUCCCACGAACCUGCAGACACCACCAAUAGAGAGGCGUCGUCCCGUGUGGGCUGCCCUGGCUCCCCGGGGGUUGGCGACCUGGCCUCGGCCCUGCACCGCCUCUCCCUGCGCAGGCAGAACUAUGUGGUGGAGCGGCAGUACUUCCAGAAGGAGCACGAGCGCCGCCUGCAGGAGCUGGCAGCGCAGGAGCAGGGGCAGGGGGGCGGGACCAGCGGCGGCAGCUCGCCAAUGGGAAGCGCGGUGUCCUCCUUCACCAACCUAUCAGAGUUCUCCUUCUGCUCCUCGGCCAGCACGUUCAAGACCUUCCUGCCGGAGAAGCUGCAGAUCGUCAAGCCCAUGGAAGGCUCCCUGACGUUGCACCACUGGCAGCAGCUAGCGCAGCCCCACCUGGCCAGCAUGCUGGACCCCCACCCCGGCGUGGUCACCAAGGGCUUCCGGCCGCUGCCCCUCGACCACCAGGACCCCCAGGCCACCUACCGCCUGACCGACCUGGAGGAGGACGAGGAGGGGGAGGGGAGCGACCGGAAGAAGGGAGAGCGCCGCGCCUCCCGAGCCCACCGGAGGGACCUCCAUCUGGGGGAAGGGGAGAGCGAGGAGAGGGUGGUGGGAGGGGGCCGACAACCCAACAACACCCAAACUCCAUGGAGGGACGUCGGUAUGGGGGAUGGAGAGGAGGCGGAGGAGAAGGGGGCGAGGAGAGAUGGAGGUAGUAGAGGGGAGACGACGUGGAGGAGGAGGAAGGAGAAGGUAGAGGAUGAGGAAGAGGAGGAUGAAGGGGACGGAGGGAUCACGUUCGUGGUGCAGUGCUCAUCCACGCCAGAGGACAAGAAGUUGGAGACCAGAAGCAGGCCGGUCGUCACGGAGACCAAGCAGCAGCAGCAGCAGCAGCAGAAGCAGAAGCAUGUACUCGCGCCUCUCUCCCUGACUACAUCUCCUGCUGUUGCUGCGGCAACCACUGCAGCAUCCUCUGGUACCCAGCACGUGACCCAGGAGAAAGGUGACGCUGAAGCAACGACAGGUGGGAGUGGGGCACAGGCCAGUGGGGCACAGACACACAGCUCCACAGCACCAUCCUCUGCGAAUCCAGGAAAGAGUCAGAGUUCCACCUUCUCCACGUACACCUUCACCACCUGUAGGAUAAUGCACCCUUGUGAUGUCACACAGGUCACCUCCAGCGCGGUGUGUAGUCCGUGCGUGUCCGAGCAGCACACCCCCAGCUCCAUGCGCACGGGCCCCAGCACCCCCGUCACCCCUUGCCUGCUGAGCCUGGGCAACAGCUCCUUCCCCCCGCGUCACUUCUCCCCGGCGCCCCCUCGUGGCCUUGCCAAGCUACUGCUGGAGCGCGGCAUCUCUGCCCAGGUGGCGUCGUCCUCCUCCUCCUCCUCGGAAACGGCCGAUCCAGCAUCAGCAGCAUCAUCGGCAGCAUCAGCAGCAGCAGCAUCAGCAGCCGCAGUGGCGUUAGGGGAUCCGCUUCCGGUCCGCCGCCCCAAACCAGGCUCCAUCCCUUUCCGUCUGUUGCCCAACACGCCUCCCAACUCCCCGUCCCACUCCCCGUGCCCCUCCCCUGUCCCCUUUGACCAACCCCGUCACUCCUCCAUUUCCUCUUCCUCGUCCUCUUCUGCGGCGGCCGCCGGCUCUGACAACUUCCUGGCAUCGCGUCCGGCCGAGUUGUUCCUCCAGGACGUGUACGGCGUGCGGUUCGGCCGUGCGCCCAGGCCCGACCUGCCGAGCCCAGAGCCGCCCUCGCCGUCGCCUCCCACUUCCUCCCAUAACGAUUCCACCUCCAGCCUGGUGGAGCGCCUGUGCAGGCUGGGAUUGGCCGGGGCAUUGCCGGGGGCGUCAGCGGAUCCGGCAGCCAGCCAUCGGCAGGACUCCACCUCGACUUUCCUGGCCACCGGCGGAGGAAGCCUAUUGGACGGCCUGAGGCGCAACCAGAGUCUGCCGGCUUUGAUUAGUCGAGGCCCACGGGGGUCUGUGUCGAGCCCCUCCCACUCGCACCACCACCAUCACCAAGCAACAGCAGCGGCAGGGGGCCCCCAGCCCCCGCAACACCCUACGUCUCUGGCUCUCCCUACGCCCCCCUGGGGCAGCCUGAAGCCCAACCCCCAACCCUCUAGCCGAAGACACGCCUCCAUCUCCCACCCCCCGCCCUACCAGGGCAACCACUGAACGUAACCAGUAGACUAGCUUGAAAAAGACAAUGGGAGGACUUGUGAGUUGUGGUUAUGGCGGCGUUCGUGGAGAGUCAAGAAAAAGCCUUCAAAAAAGGUCAGAUCGAUGCAGUGCACAUGCACACACUAUGACAAAGUUUCUAAUUGACCAGAAAUGCAUUGCAAUUUUUUAACACGCAUGUUCACGCUGCAUCAAUUUGAUCAGGUUUGGUCGCUUUUGCUCCAUCACGUAGGUGGAUGUACAUAUACGAGACGGGGAGCGGUUUGCACUGAACUGAACUAAACCUUAUUAUAUUACGGAAGCUCCGCCCAGUUCCCCUUUCCCAUCCAAUGACUAAUACAUUUUUUGCUUGAGACAGCUCGGAGAGUACAUACAGCCUUGUUUGUUUCAUGUUUCGUAAAAAAGCACAGUUGACAUGCUUGUUCGGGAAUCCCGAUUGCCAGAGUGUCUGUUUUCGACGUUGUGGAUUUCAGUGGCCUUAGCAUGUCUCCUAUGAGGGUAAGAAGAAGCGCCUGCCUAACUUCCUGCUUUUGCCCUCCAUUUCCUGCUCCUCUACUUCCUACUUCCUGUCGGAACAUAUCCUGUUCCUCUUAUCUUUGUAUCUUGUCCUCCUCGCGUGAACUCUGGAAGCCCAGGAGGUCAGACUGACAGCAGAAGGUUUAGGAAAGUUGAUGUGCCAAGAUAAGGCAUGCGUGAAUUCUUAAGAAAGGAAACAGCAAGUUUAUUUAGGUUGGGAUUUGAGACGGGGACUAAAAAUUAUACAACGAGCUUUGCGAUGGGAGGGAGACGGAACAGAGGAUAGAACGAAAGUGAAUAUAAAGCAAGUGUCAGGGGAAAUUGAAAGUAGGGCUUAGGGUUAGCGAUGGUUGGGCUUCCAGAGUUUCACCAUGUUUGAGGCAUUUCUCUUGUGUCGUCUUGAAGCCUUGGGUGUGAAGCCCCCAGUCCCACAGUCUAUCCUGUACAUACCUGAAUUUGUAAUGUUUGUUAACUGUAGGGACUCUGGUCUAAGCUAGACUAAGCUAGUGGAUGUUUUAAACCUAAAUCUUAGUCUUUAAUCUUUGAGGACCUUUCUGUGGUCUCGCUUUGUAGAGGCUUCUUUUCCCUGUUGUUCUUUUUUCUCCAUUGUGACUGUUUGCUUUUACUGCCUUUAGCUAGCCAAAGCCAUGACUGCCACCUAUGGGCUCCCUUCGUAUAGUGCAGGCUGAUGCACUUCCUGACUACAGCUUUCAUGAUGCACUGCUGUCCUGUGUGUCCUGAAAAACGGUCAAUAUUCAACUCAGGACCGGAGAUUUAGAUGAUAGGAACCAGAUUAAAGAGAUUACACUUCGGCCUCUUGUCUGGAUCCAGGGAGUGGUUGUUCUUAAAUUAGCAGUUAGCUGUUUUAGCUGUUUUAGCAAUGUUGGCUUUUUUCCAAUUAGUGGAAAUUGAAAGACGGGUUUGUUUGGCUUUUGGGAUGUACCACCGGGUGUGCUAGCCUCUGCUCCUUCCCGAUGUUGCUAUCAUUCUCUCUGUGCUAGGUUCCAACUGUGAUUGUUUUGCUCCUUCCCAGGAGUGCACUGGUGGUGGUCUUAAUACUGGUGAUGGCUAGACGACAUGCUAGCUAAGCUAAGCUAAAAUAAGCUAACACAUGUUCUUUUGACAGCAAGACAGACAGUAUGCACAAGAGGGAUGGCUUGAGGGGUUGCUAAUGCUAGCUAUAGUGCGUUCUGAUACGUUAAGCACAAGGGCUAAGUCUCCCACGUAAGUACUUGAUGUAGGGGGUUAGGUUGUAGUGCCAGCAUAAUGAAUCUUACCAGAAGUUGAUAUCCUGCAGUGGGAAAUGGUGGAAUUGUAGGAACGUUUUGAAGGGACUAGCUUAGCAUGCGUAGCAGUACAUGGAGAGAUGGUGGAGACGGUGGAGGGAUAUCAGUGUUAGUGGAGGGUUUUGGAUACAGAGGAUGGAAAAGGGCAGUAAGGUCUCUCCACGGUGUCUUAUACUGCUGGUUUGGUGUUUCUCAGUCUCAGUAAUGACCUUUUCACCUUCGUGACCUCUUGACCCCUUUGACUCUCAGUGCCCCCCUCGAUGACCUUGAGUGACCUAGAGCGACCUUGAGGUUCUCGUUUUGUUCUCCGUCCAUCCCACUGCUCUCCAUGUCCAUUUCCAUGUCCAUUUAAUGCACUUUGUUAUGUUAAGCUCACUGACAUUAUUAUUAUUAUUAUUAUUAUUAUUAUGCAUAUUAUUGUUGUUUUAGCUAUUACUGUAAGGGACAGAUACAUUAUUCUUAUGUGAAAUUAGUAUUAGGUUUAACUAAUAUGUUUUUAUCAGAGGAGGUUGUAACUUAUACCUCUAUAUUUAUUUAACUACCAUUUCAUCCAGGAAGAUGAGUUUUAAUUAAGAUAGCUACAUAGUUCAUUCAGCAUUAUUAUUACUACUAAAUGAAUUUACUGCAUAGCCUAUAUAGCUUGUGUUUUUUUGUUUGUUUUGUGGUUCCACAAAACCAGGGAUCUAAAAAGUGAUUGUGUUUUUAACUUACACCUGUGUGAAAAGCAACCAAAAAUACUUCAACCCUUUUGUCAACCCGCCAUACCGUUAAUGCAGCAGGGUUUUUUUUAAACUCUAUUAACUACCGUAUGUUCAUGUGUUAUUAGCCAUGUCAUAACCAUCAGGGAUGUGUACAGAUUGGGUAUGGGCUUCUUGGCUGACGUGGGGAGAGGAGCCUUGUAGGGGCUUGCGAUCCCUGGCUACAUUAGUGAUGGCGGAUGCUGCGCAAAUCUGUGCGGUGCACAUGCACUGCGAAAUGACAAUGCUUUCUGGAUAGAAAUUCCUAAUCAGAAUGCACUGUAAUUUCGCAUUGCGCGUAUGCGCUGCUGUGCAGAUUUGCGCAGCAUGCGGCGUCAUGAACGUGCCCCCAGUCAUAGAGAGUGAAAGUCACGCCAUUUCCAGUGGGGCCUACAGGACCUCAACACUAAUCUCUGAAGAGUACUGGAUCAAACAUCCAUUUUGUGUAUGUUUCCAAGACCAGGGAUUAUUUGUUAAUCCCUUCCUCUCCAAGAUCCGAGGAGGUUUCCUGGCGACAAGCGUUAGUACAGUCCUUUUCCGCUUGCCUGUUGACUUAAUGAGCGUCAAUAUCGCAUAAACAAAUGCAGAAUUAGGUCCUAUAGGCUCUACUGUAAGGGGCGUGACGCUUACUCUCGAUUCCAACCAGGGAGUAGAGGCUUUGUCGCUAAGUGAUGACAUCACUGGGAGGCGCCAGCUUUAAGGCAUGUCUGUGUAUGUAUGCAAUUAUGUGUGUCUGGUUAUGUUUGUGUGCAUGUGUGUCUGAGCGAUUUUGUUGUGAUCCUCCCCUGUGCUUGGCCUUUGUAAAGCUCCCAUGCUCCAUACUGUUGCAUUUUUUAUAUAUAAAAUAAAGUGAUUGGAA